AUCACAAGUAUAGCCACUAUAUUAUAUAUCAGCUUAUGGUUAGACAAAGAUGCCCCGGGCCUUCCUCAUCACCAAUAAACGAUAUGAUGCCAACACUUUGGACCAUAAUAUUGAAACCAUUCAUUCCAGAGAGGGUAGUCCUGAACACAGCGUAUAUACUGCAGAAGACACCAAAGAUUUUGAGUACCAAAUCCCAACAAAUGUUGAUUUGUUAACAUUGAAAGCCUCGAGUCCUGGAUCACCGGCACGACUAUACAAUAGGAUAUCAGUAUUGUCUCACACAGACUCUAUAUCUACACUUAACAGUCCCGCAAAUACCGAAAAUUCUUCAAAUGGAUCCCAAUUCGAUGAAUUUGAUUACAAUACUGAUAUCUCUGAACCACAAGAUCUAUCUCUUCAUCACUUAAGGAGUGGAACAGAGAUUGUCGUUAAGAAAGAAAAUACAGAUUCUUAUAAUGUCGUCAAUUGUAUGACCGAUGACUUAAAAUUAAAUGAAGACCAAAGCGAACAACAAACGAUAUCCAAUGAUAUUCAUGUUUGUCCUGAUUGUGGCAAAAGGUACAGCACAUCCAGUAAUCUGGCCCGACAUCGACAAACUCAUCGCAGUGUUACCGAUAAAAAGGCCCGAAAAUGUCCACAUUGUGACAAAGUUUAUGUCUCAAUGCCCGCCUAUUCAAUGCAUGUUCGCACUCAUAGCCAGGGUUGUCAGUGCCCUUAUUGUGGAAAAUGUUUUAGCAGGCCUUGGCUACUACAGGGACACAUACGCACACACACAGGCGAAAAGCCAUUCAAGUGCCCGAUCUGUGGGAAAGCUUUCGCCGAUAAAAGUAAUCUUCGGGCUCACGUCCAGACACACUCGUCUACUAAGCCAUAUGUUUGUGAACGCUGUGGUAAAGCGUUUGCAUUGAAAAGCUAUCUCUACAAACACGAAGAGUCUUCGUGUAUGCGUUUGCAUCGACACACCGGUCACUCACAACAGAGAUCUGUAUUAUCUCUUUAUGACGACUCUUCUUCGCCAACCUCUUCGGCCUAA